GUACUGCCUGCUGAUGGUGGGCCUGAUGUGCAGCUUGCAGGCUUUUUUCGAAACGCUUGCCUUGCUGGGCAGCCUCGGUGGGAGGAGGACCACCAGCACCAUUGUGGCACCCGGCUCGCGCGACAACGUCACCACCUACACCACGCAGGUCACGACCCACCCCUUCUUCGACAAGUCGCAAGGUGUGGUGUACAAUGCUCAAUCUGCUUUGCUCAUCGCAAGCCCACUUGUUAUGGUCUUGGCCGCAGUCUUGGCAUACUACACUUACAAUGAAUUCUCCUCGCCCCUCUUCCCCGAUGAUGACGCUGAGACAGGCGGCGUGUGGGGUGGCGGCCAAAUGGGAUACGGGACCUACGGCGGAGGUGCCACCAACUAUGGCGAUGCCCGUCGCCCAGAGCCCGCUCCACGGCCAUCCGCGCCUCGACAAUCCAUCUUUGCCGGGACUGGCCAGCGCCUUGGAAGCUGA